AAAGACUGGCCACAGCAGAGUAAGACAGCAUCAUGUCCAAGAGAUGAAGAUUCCUGAUGUUUUUCAGAGAAAUUCUCAUAAGACGAAAGAAAAGCAAAGUUUCCUGCAAAGUCUCUGUCAUCAGAAAAUUACUUGAACCACUUAAAAUUACAGAGGCAAGCUCCGCUUCUGAUUUGCUAAAUCAAAUCUCACCUAUGCUCCUGCCAAAGAUUGCAGAGAUGAAGUACACUCUGAUUGGCUUACAAGACGUUUGCAGAGGUCAAGCAAGCGAUGAUUGGCUCUCGAAGAACAAACAAGUUUCUGGAUUUGGAAAAUACGAACCAGAUAAAUGCCUAGAAUUGCCACUUGACUUUUCUGUGUAGAGGCCGGAGAUCCACAAUGAACAGUGUCAAAGCAGCCCAACCAGAAAUUAUACGAUCCCAUCAGAAAGAUGAAUUUUUCCAAGUAAAUCUUAGAAAUGAAGUUUCAAGAAUAGUAAUUGACUGGUUCGGAACCCAAAGAUGGAUCAAAUAUCAGAAGGAACUUUCAAUAAUGGCAGAUAUUGCAUACUUUUGUCUCACAACUUUAUCAGGCUUCCAAACUCUUGGUGAAGAAUAUUGCAAUCUUGUACAAAUUGACCAAAAUAAAAUGAAAAUUCCAUCCUUAUUGAGACGAAGCAUCAUGAUAUUGUUACAAUGUUUUGCUCCGUAUCUACUUGAAAAAGGAAUUUGUUAUCUAAAGUCAUUACUGCAUCAUAACUUCCGGGACGAUGAAAGAUACUCUUUGAUUGAAAAUGCUCUUGAUGUUAUUCUUCAAUCUCUUUCAGUUUUGAGCAGAGUGCAUUUGGCAGUGUUUUACCUUCAAGGGAUGUUUUAUGCGUUAGGAAAACGGAUGACAGGAAUCCGAUACGUCCUCCUUCGAGAUUUUCUGAAGGACAGUUCUGCAAAAGAAAGCUACAAGUUUCUUGGGAAAUUAUUUCUUCUACAAUUCAUCAUACUAUCACCUUAUUAUCUUCUUCAAUUUUUCAAAAAAGCAACGUACAGAAAAGAAGAGGCGAAACUUAGUACAGAAACUGAUGUGUAUAUCAAAGAGAACACAAAACAGGUUGUCACAAAAUCUAGAAGCAAACACAAUUGCCCGCUGUGCUUGGAACCUAUUGUAGACGCAACAACCACUUUAUGCGGUCACCUGUUUUGCUGGAACUGCAUUGUUUGUUGGUGUGCAAAUAAGCUCGAGUGUCCGGUGUGCAGAGAUGAAGUCAUACCAGCAAAGCUAAUCUAUUUAUGUCAUUUUGAAAUGUAAGCGAGUUUCACCCCUUAUUGACAUUCUUACUGUUUUUUAUGAAAAUGAACAUUUAGAUCUCCAUUUUGCGCUUCUGAUAUACAUUUACACAGAUGCAGUGAAAUGUAAAUGUGGCCUAAAGAACUUUGAAGGGACCCAGAAAAUUCGCUUGCUAAAAUGUGAGUUCGUUUAAUAGAGGACUUUUCUAUUUCGCUCUGUCGAAUCCCAUCUUUCUUUUGCGAAUGUAAUUUUAUUACCGCUUUAUAUCUUCACUUGGUAACGGGCUACGCUCGAAACGUCGUUUUUAAAUUCGCUUAUUUUCCUCUUAUAUUUUCACCUUGUUUUUAAGUUAUAUUGCCAUGUUAUUAUGCACGACACACAACCUAGUGUAUUUAUGGAAUCUUUGUUGCUUUCCCAACCACUGCAAUUAGUGAAACACUUUUUCUAAGCCCAUAGCCUUUCUUUUUUAUCAAAGAAAGACAUAUAUAAAUAGAAGCAAGUUAACCUGUUCUUUUAAGUAACGAGUUUUUAGAGAGUUCGACUAUUAUUAAGAACGGGAAGACUAGAGGCCCAGAAAAAGGAUUGAAUAUUUUCAAAAAGUUUUCUCUAUUUAAAACAGGUUAAUCUGCUCCUAAAUUUUCAAAAAAAGAGUUGAAAUUGAAGAAAUUAAAUUGAAGAUCAAAGUCGUAUUUUUCGAAAAAAACACUGUUUUUUAGUUUAGGGUAUUUUUGCUAAAAAUAUAAGGCUAUAGUUAUAGGCUUAGAGAAAUUGUCAUGUGUCGAAAAUAUUUUCAUGUUAAUUUUUCAAAAAAGCAAGGCUAUAGCCUUAGAAAAAUCUCCCAAUUUUUUUCAAAAUUUUUUUCUUCUGAGAAGAGAUUAAUUCACUUCUUAAAGAUGUAAAAAGACCUCUAAUGCAUUUGGUUAUUAUUUGAGAUCAGUUUUUUCGGAG